ACUGGAGGAGACAGACUACAAGGAGGAUGGGAAUGAUGAAGCUGUCAGCUCUCAUCUGCGUCUUUCUGAUGUUCAUGGUUGGAAACGCAGAAGAGAAUCUAUCUAAGAGAUGUCGACCGACACAGUCCAGUGUCUAUGAUUACCGUGGCCAUGCAGUGAAUGCCGUUGAUGGGAACCCUGACCCCAACUACUCAAAAUCAUCCUGCACGGCUACUCAGAACGAUAUGGAGCCCUGGUGGAGAGCCGACUUACUCAGUUCACAUAAGAUACACUCAAUCAGAAUCACCAACAGAGGGGACUGCUGUCCACAACGUCUCAAUGGGGCAGAGAUUCGGAUUGGAGACUCUCUGGAUAAUAAUGGCAACAGCAAUCCCAAAUGUGCGACCAUCAGCUCCAUUGGAGCUGGUCACUCCGAAACCUUCCACUGCAAUGGCAUGCCUGGCCGUUACGUCAAUAUCUUCAUCCCAAGAAGAAGAGAGUAUCUGACUCUCUGUGAGGUGGAGAUUUUUGGGAACUGGGAACGUUGGGUUGACUGUUAGAGGAGGAGGUCCCUAAUUGGGUUAUAGACAGCAGAGAUGAAACCAUCAGAAUAAUGCACUGGAGCAUCUGAGUUCAACCUCUUCCAGAAACUGUGAGCUACAGGAGUCAGUCUUGACAAGAUUUACACCAGCUCUGACUUCCUGUAUUGCCAUGAAAUAAAACAAAUCAAUUCAACAACA